UGAAGUUACGACAUCUUUUCGAGCAGGAAUGCCUCUAAGAAAACACAGGCAACACUUUAAAAAGUAUGGCAAUUGUUUCACAGCAGGAGAAGCAGUGGAUUGGCUUUAUGACCUAUUAAGAAAUAAUAACAAUUUUGGUCCCGAAGUAACAAGGCAACAGACUAUCCAAUUAUUGAGAAAAUUUCUUAAGAAUCAUGUAAUUGAAGAUAUCAAAGGGAGAUGGGGAUCAGAAAAUCUUUAUGACAACGGUCAGCUAUUCAGAUUUCCUGCAAAUUCUCCACUUAAAACUCUUCCACGAAGGCAUCCAGAAUUGAGAAAAAACAGCAUAGAGAACUUUUCCAAGGAUAAAGACAGUAUUUUUAAAUUACGAAACUUAUCUCGUAGAACUCCUAAAAAGCAUGGAUUGCAAUUCUCUCAGGAAAAUACUGAAAACAUGAACUGUGAAAUAAUCAAUGAAGAUCAAGAAAACUCAGUUGAUAAUAGAGAAAUAAGUCAGAAAGAUAUUGAAGAAGUUUGGAGAUACAUUAUUCUGAACUACCUUCAAACCAUUUUAGGGGUGUCAUCCCUAGAAGAAGUCAUAAACCCAAAACAAGUGAUUCCUCAAUAUAUAAUGUACAACAUGACCAAUACAAGUAAACAUGGAGUAGUUGUACUACAAGACAAAUCAGAUGAUCUUCCUCAUUGGGUAUUAUCUGCCAUGAAGUGUCUAGCAAAUUGGCCAAGAAGUAAUGAUAUGAGUAAUCCAACCUACGUUGGAUUUGAACGAGAUGUAUUUAGAACAAUUGCAGAUUAUUUUCUAGAUCUCCCUGAACCUCUACUUACCUUUGAAUAUUAUGAAUUAUUUGUGAACAUUUUGGUUGUUUGUGGCUACAUCACAGUUUCAGAUAGACCCAGUGGGAUACAUAAAAUCCAAGAUGAUCUACAGUCUUCAAAAAUCCUUCACGUAAACAGUUUGAAUUCCUUCAAAUCAACUGAGUGUCUUCUUCUCAGUCUGCUUCGCAAAGACAAAAACAAAGAAGAAUCAAAUACUACUGAGAGACUGCAGAUAAGCGAUCACGGAUUUCAAGAAAAAUGGGUUAAGAAAGUGCAGCUAGUUGAUUUAAAAAACAGAAGAGCCAGUGCUAAUGACAUAAUAGGAGGAAGCUGUCAUAGUUUAAUAGGCUUAAGUAGUAUGCAUGCUUUAGCCUCUAACAUCAAACCAAGGUGCUAUUCUUUAGAAGGAAUUAUAGAUUUGCCAGGGAGUUCAUGUAAAGAGGUCUCCAGUGUCAUCCAUCAAUCUAUUCUGAAUAGAGAAGGACAAAAUAAUAAACAAUUUUUAGAGUCUGAGAUCAAACAGGAAUCCAUAAUGAAUCUUCAUUCAGAGGAAAGUAUUCAAAAGCCACUCUGUGUUGGUUUUAAGAGAACCUCUACUAUGACUGUUCAAGACCAAGAGGAGUUAUAUAAUGGGAAAAGCAAGUCAAGACAGCUUUGUAGAUCUCAGAGUUUACUUUUAAGAAGUAGUACGAAGAGGAAUAGUUAUAUCAAUAUGCCAGUGGCUGAAAUUAUCAUGAAACCAAAUCUUGGACAAGGCAGCACAAGUGUGCAAACAGCUAUGGAAGGUGAACAUGGAGAGUUUAGUGCCACAAUCAAUAAAAGACUCUGCAAAAGUACAAUAGAACUUUCAGGAAAUUCUUUACCUUCAGCCUCUUCUAUGUUGACUGGCACACAAAGUUUGCUGCAACCUCAUUUAGAGAGGGUUGCCAUCAAUGCACUACAGUUAUGUUGCUUGUUACUUCCCCCACCAAAUCGUAGAAAGCUUCAACUUCUGAUGCGCAUGAUUUCUCGGAUGAGUCAAAAUGUUGAUAUGCCCCAACUUCACGAUGCAAUGGGUACAAGAUCACUGAUGAUACACACGUUUUCUCGAUGUGUGCUAUGCUGUGCCGAAGAAGUGGAUCUUGAUGAGCUGCUUGCUGCAAGAUUAGUUUCUUUCUUAAUGGAUCAUCAUCAGGAAAUUCUUCAAGUACCCUCUUACUUACAGGCUGCAGUGGAGAAACAUCUUGACUACUUAAGAAGGGGCCUUAUUAAAAAUCCUGGAGAUGGACUGAUUGCGCCUUUGCCAACAUAUUCAUACUGUAUGCAGAUUAGUGCUCAGGAGUUUGAUGAACAAAAAGUUUCUACCUCUCAAGAUGCAAUUGCAGAACUUUUGGAGAAUAUUAUUAAAAGCAAGAGUUUGCCUUUAAAGGAGAAAAGGAAAAAACUAAAACAGUUUCAGAAGGAAUAUCCACAGAUAUAUCAGAAAAGAUUUCCAACCACGGAAAGUGAAGCAGCACUUUUUGGUGAUAAACCUACAAUCAAGCAACCAAUGCUAAUUUUAAGAAAACCAAAGUUUCGUAGUAUGAGAUAGUAACUGAAUUACAAAUUAUAUAAUACUUGUGAAACUUAAGUAAAUAAAGCCAUAUCUAAGAAUCCAGCUACUUUUUAAAAAGGAAGUCUGUUUAUUAGUUUUUUCCUAAACAAAGCACAUUGUACAAGGAA